AUGUCUUGCAAGACUUUCACCGCCUACAUGCAGAGCAUGACGCCCAUCACGACCGCCACCACCUGGCCCGCCGAGGACACGUGAGUCGAAGCGACUGCUCACCAGUCCGAGAGGUACGCUUACCGAGCCGUCCCCGCUACAUGCUGUAGCGUAUGGCGCGCCAUUCGUGCCAGACAGGGAGGACUUGUCAUAGGGCAGACGAUCGAAAAAUAUCACUGCAAGGUGGGUUGAGCUCAUAUGCGGGUCCAUAUCGACCGACUCUCACGGGCAAUCCGCUCACUUGUCUGCUUGCCGUAGGUGCACUCUGGCAAGAAGAAUGGCGGUCCUGCUUACACGGCAUGGACGACACUCCAAGUCAAGAAUGAGGGUGAUCAGACCCAACCCAUCACCUUCACCUACUUGCUCGUCAAUAUUGCCCAUGGCAGCCACGACAGAGUGGCCCAAAUCCUGGAUGCUUUCGAAUCGUCUGCCAGUGCGGCUGCACCUGCGACGCCAAAAGACAAUCCGCUGAGUGAGGAUCCGAGCACAAGAUUUCUUGCGAGGCGUUGCUGACCCUACACAAUAUCACACGUAUCGGUUAGCUACCAGCCUAGGAGCUGUUCAGCUGGUGCUGCGCGGACGUCCCGGCAGCUUCAUCUUCGACGCGCUUUGUCCCCACGUCCAGAGCUGGCUGACUAAUCAAGAUGGACCCUUGGCUUUUCACAGCGUCUCUAUUCAGCGUCCAGCAGACUAUCCGAUCAAUCACCACACGGAUAUGAGCAGUACCUCUACCGGGCUGACGGGAAACGCAUGUUACCGCGUCCAAGGUGUCAUCGUUGGCCAGUAG